UCUCAUCUUUGCGGUAAUCAACUAGAGCAGAGUGGGGAGAUCGGGAAGAGAAAAUAAGAUAUUGGAUCACAGAUUCGUAUUUUGAUUCAGGAAAUAUUUGUAAAAAUGCUUUUUCGUUCCAUUGUUGAUCGAGGAGUUUGCAAUCGGAAGUGCAAUGAAGGACAGCAAAGGUAUCCCCUCCACCAGCUGUUGGACUGUUACCAGUGUGCCAGACACGAUGAGCACAUCUCCUAUGGAGAUAUAGGGGUUCCAGUCCCUCCUUUUGGAUGUACUUUUUCUACAGCUCCUGAAAUACAUCAUGUGCUUGCUGUUGCCAACGAAGAAGGGAUCGUCCGGCUCUACCACACAGAAUCACGCAAGAAUCCUCUUUUUAAAGAAUGGUUGGCUCAUUCCAAUGCUGUCUUUGAUAUUGCCUGGGUCCCUGGAGAGCCUCAAAUUGUAACGGCUUCUGGGGAUCAGACCGCUAUGCUGUGGGAUGUGAAGACCAGUGAGCAUCUUGGCACUUUCAAAGGACAUCAAUGCAGCCUCAAGUCUGUGGCUUUUGGAAAACAAGAAAAAGCUGUCUUUUGCACUGGAGGAAGAGACGGGAACAUCAUGGUUUGGGAUACAAGGUGCAGUAAGAAAGAUGGGUUUUACAGACAAGUGAAACAGAUCACUGGGGCUCACAAUAACAUGGACAGACAGACUCCUUUCAAACUGAAGAAGAGGAGACAGGCAGGCAGAGGAAUUGCGCCUUCCGUGGAUUCCCAGCAGAGUGUGACGGUGGUGCUCUUUCGCGAUGAAAACACACUCAUUUCCGCAGGAGCAGUUGAUGGUGUUGUUAAGAUGUGGGACCUGAGGAAAAACUACACAGUCCACCACCAGGACCCCAUCCCUCUCCAGGCUUACCUGUACCCUGGAACCAGCUCACGAAAGCUGGGCUACUCCAGUCUGGCGUUGGACUCUACAGGCUCGCGCUUGUUUGCAAACUGCACUGAUGAGAAUAUCUACAUGUUCGAUGUGGCUGGUUUAAAAAAGGCUCCAGUGGGAGUAUUCAAUGGCCACCUCAACUCCUCGUUCUACAUUAAAUCUAGCGUGAGCCCUGAUGAUCAGUUCCUAGCCAGUGGCUCUAGUGAUCACAACGCAUACAUCUGGAAGAUCUCGGACCCCAAGGCUCCUCCCAUGUUGCUCCAGGGUCACUGCCAGGAAGUCACCUCUGUUGCCUGGUGCCCCACUGAUUUCACCAAGAUUGCUUCUUGUUCGGAUGACAACACAGUUCGGAUCUGGCGCCUGAGUCGGAGGGCUGAUGAUGAGAACUCGGCUAUCGGACCUGCAAAUCUGGUGGGCUGGGCCUGUCCAAAAGACACCCCCAAAACUUCAGUGACCCCAUUGGAAAAAACUCCGGCCAAGACACCCAGAAAAGAAGCUUCCUUAGCACUCUCUUCACCCCAAGCUGCGGCCUGUGCUCCCAACACUGCAGACUUGCCACUUCCCUCCAGCACGCCCUCCUCCCUUCAAACUCUGGGUCACAAGAACCAUACCCCAGGCAGCCGCACACCCACCACUCUCAGACAGACUGCCGCUGCGAACACCUCUAUAAAGAAGUGGAUUACCAGGACUCCCCAUUCUCCCAGCCUUCAGACCCCCAGCUCUCCCAAUGUUGGAACCCCUGGUUCUGCAGCUCAGAGGACUCCAUCCCCCAGGAACGUGCUAAGCCCCAUCGCGCAGAGCCCAAAGCCCUUACCCCCUGUCUCAGAAAGGCGGGUGAAGCGCCGUCUAGAGACAAGUGAGGGAGGUGCUUUGGGAUGCCCUGGAGAUUGUGACUGUGUGAUGGAGCUCGACCCUUCAGCUAAGAAGAGGCGAGGGCUCAGGGGAGUGUACUGUUUGGCAGAGGAGGAGCAGAAGGAGCAGCAUCAGCAGGGGCCCAACCCAAGCCAUACAGAGCAGGAGACCCAGCAGUGUCUAGAGGCAGGUCAGGAAAUCCCUUCACCGGGGCACCUGGGCAAGGAGAACAGCUCCCCUGGCCAGGCAGACUGGCUCUCUGCAAUGGGACAGAGACUGAAGCGAGAGCAGGGGAGUCCCAGCAGCUUGAGGAGUCCCAGUGCCAAUAAGCAGGGCAGCAGGACUACAGGUUCUCCGGCUACCUCCACUCCAGGAUCAAUGAAAAAAAUCUUCUUGUACUUCCAGAAGAAAACACCAGAAUAACCUUGUAGACUACUGAGAGCUGUAUGUGGCCAGGGACAAGGCUGCAGCGACAGCAAUGGAACUAUAUGACCUGAUGUUUUUACAUUGCAAAAAACAGGAGGCUAAGCACAUACCUAGUGGACUGAUGCAGCAAAUCAAGUUUUAUGAGAUAAAUAUGACUUUAAAUGCAGCAUUUUGUUUUGAGACCAAAGCAAUCAUGCUGGGAAGAUAGGAACCUAACUGGAGCUGUACCCCACUUUAAUAUCUUGAUAAAAGAUCCUGGCCCAUAUAAAGGUGUGUGUUUUUUUUGUUUUAUAAACGUGAUCUCCUGACUCCCGAGUCCUGAACAUUUAACCACAAGGCCUUGUUCCUAACACUUGAGAGAUGUGGUUCUAUUUUCCUUUAAUGUUUUUUGUAUCCCCCUAUUGAUUUUUAUAUUAACAGAUUUACUGUAACUAUUUUACAUGGCGGUCAACAGGUCUUGA